UUUUGCUUGGCCAACCGCGAUGCUGUGCCUGCCAGCUUGGCAUACUCGCAUUUGCUACGCUGUAGACAAGCGGUCCCCCUUCUGAUCAAGCGUCACGCUCCCCCCAAGUUCCAUGUGGGUCCGUCCCGGCGUCCUGAACUCUCGUAGACUGAUCUUUUCGUCCGUCUGCGGUCGCUCGCGCUCGACUUUGGGCACUUUGCGCGUUUUCACGUCUUCCCGCGCGGCGCUACUGGCUGCUGGAUCUCCUUCCGCGCCCGUCAAUGAGGCACUUGGCGCCGGACAUGGCUUCGCACACGCCGGCCACGGCCACGGCUUGGGACCAAUUAGCCUCUCUCCACCCAUCGAAGACCAACAGGCCGUCUACUCCGACUUCAUGCCCAUCGUACCACCCGAGUGUCUGCGCGUACAGCAGGGUUUGCAAACUGAGGGUCGCACUGUAGGCCCGUCCUCCUUCACCGCCAUGUUCCGGGACAUGUCGCCCUACAUAAACUUCCAUCGAGGCACAACCAUGGUCAUCCACCUACCUGGACAAUUGGUGGAAUCCAACCUCUUCGGCGCCGUCAUGCACGACAUUGCAUUACUCAAUACUUUCGGGGUUAAGCUGGUGCUAGUGGCCGGAUCGCGACCGCAGCUUAAUCGGCAAUUAUCGCUCCGGAAACUCUCGCAGAGAUUCGACUGUGGUAUGCGCAUUACAGGGCCCAUGGAGCUCCAAUGUGCAAUGGACGCAGCAGGAUCUGUGCGGUUCCAGAUUGAAAGUUACCUUGGACGAGGAAUCGUCAACUCGCCCGGACGUGCCAGAACUAUUAACAUCGCUUCGGGUAAUUUUAUCACGGCGCAACCCGUGGGUGUCAGAGGAGGAGUGGACUUUAAAAACACAGGCGAAAUGCGACGACUCAAUGUCGAUAAGGUGCGCGCUGCAUUGGAUGACGGAGAUAUUGUGCUCAUUUCGAGCAUCGGCUACAGUGCCAGUGGUGAGGUCUUCAACUGCCUCUCGGAACAAGUGGCCAGCAAGUGUGCUAUUCAACUAGAGAGUGCCAAGCUUAUCUUUAUGCACAACGGCGAGGAACUGAUCGACUCGCGAUCGAACUCGGUCGUGCAGACUCUGGUGAUUGAACAGGCACAACAAUAUGUGGAGCUGGCACGACAAAACCCGGACAUUAGCGGUGACUUCUUGCUAUACUUGAAGGAAUCUAUCAAGGCAUGUGUCAAUGGAGUCAAACGCUCGCAUCUAGUCAGCCGACACGUGGAUGGUGGUUUACUACAGGAGCUAUUUACCCGUGACGGUGAAGGUCUCAUGAUCACUAAGCACAUGUACGAAGGGAUCCGCAUGGCUACAACUAAUGAUAUCGUGAGUAUCAUGCGUCUCAUUCAGCCUUUGCUGGACGAUGAUGUGCUGGUGUCGCGUGACCAGGAACAGAUUGAGAGUAACGUGGACACAUUCACAGUUGUGGAGCGCGACGGUGCUAUCAUCGCUUGCUGCACCCUUCAGCCGUACGAGAACAACUUUGCUGAGAUGGGUUGUGUGGCUGUGGACCCCACCUACCGCAAUCUUGGCAAGGGUAAUGCAAUGCUAGGCUACAUUAUGCGCAAGGCAGCAGCCAUGGGCGUCAAUAAGCUGUUCGUGUUGACGACGCGAACGGCUCAUUGGUUCUUGGAGCGCGGCUUCGUGGAGGCUACAGUGAACGACUUGCCCCCUUCGAAGCUGGCCAAGAUCGACCUAAAACGCAAAUCGAAAGUCUACAUUUGUGACAUCAGCACCAAGAAAGCUCUGGACGAGAAGGAGCUGCUGCUUCAGAUGGAAUAACGCGGUGAACUUCCAGAUUUUACGAUUGACCGACUUUUUGACUAUCGGCCAAACACCUCAUUGAUUAGAACGGAGGCAGAAGAGCAGGACAUUGCACUUAUUUAAAUUCACAGCAAGCUGGACAGCAAUGACUCUCGGAAACCACUGCUCGGAUCUUUUUAUCCCAUGCUUCUCUAUCUUGGUUAACUGACGCUAUUUGGCGAG